AUGCCUAUAAGUAAGAAUAAUCUGGUUUUACUACUUGGAAUGAUAUGUCUGGAACAAGGUAAAUCUGCAACUCGCUCUCUUUCCAAAGCUCCCACGUGUGGGCAGAGUCUGGUGAAGGCACAGCCUUGGAAUUCCUUGAACCUUUUCAGUCGCAUUGUUGGGGGAAGCCAAGUGGUAAAGGGGUCUUACCCAUGGCAGGUGUCUCUGAAACGAAGGCAGAAGCACAUCUGUGGCGGAACCAUCAUCUCUCCACAGUGGGUGGUUACGGCUGCUCACUGCGUUGCAAACAGAAAUAUUGCAUCAACUCUGAAUGUUACUGCUGGAAAACAUGACUUAAGCCACAUAGAGCCAGGAGAGCAAACCCUGACCACAGAAAGCAUCAUCAUACACCCACGUUUCUCCUCCAAGAAACCGAUGGACUACGACAUUGCUCUUUUGAAGAUGGCUGGCACCUUCCGUUUUGGCCCGUUUGUGGGGCCCAUGUGUCUUCCGGAGCCGGGAGAACGAUUUGAGGCUGGACUGACUUGCACCACUGCAGGCUGGGGCCGCCUGAUUGAAGACGGCCUCCUCCCACAAGUCUUGCAGGAAGUGAACCUGCCCAUUUUGACCCAGGAGGAGUGUGUGGCUGCUCUGUUAACCCUACAGAAACCCAUCAGUGGGCAGACCUUUCUCUGCACAGGCUUCCCAGACGGAGGGAGAGACGCAUGUCAGGGAGAUUCAGGAGGUUCCCUCAUGUGCCUGAAUAAGAAAGGGGCUUGGACUCUCGCUGGUGUGACUUCCUGGGGUUUGGGCUGUGGUCGAGGCUGGAGAAACAAUGUACAGAAAGAAAAUCAAGGAUCCCCCGGGAUCUUCACAGAUCUUAGUAAAGUGCUGCCCUGGAUCCACAAACACAUCCAAACUGGUAAUAAAAGAAAGAGCUCCAGAGCCUCCUGCAGUGAGAAGGGCCUUGUGGUCAGGGGGCCUGAGGGGGAGCUGCACUUCCCAGAAAGCCCCUACCUCUAUUAUGACAGUAAGCAACAGUGUGUCUGGACCCUGUUGGCACCCGAGGAAAUGCAUGUGUUGCUCACUUUUUCCCACUUGGAUGCAGAGUCUUGUCAACACAAUUACCUGUCAAUAUAUUCUCUAGAAGACAGACUUAUUGGGAAAUUGUGCGGAGAAAGCCUCGCUUCAUCAGUGCUGGUUGCUUCCCACUCCUUGAGGCUGAUGUUCAUCUCUGACGCCACAGAUCAUGCCACCGGGUUUAAUCUCACCUAUAAAGCUGUUAUACCAAACCACCUUCCUGAUUCAGGUUGCAGCUCCUUGACUGUCCUUUUUGAAGAAGGCCUCAUCCAGAGUCUUCAUUACCCUGAAGACUACGGUGACAUGGCCAACUGUAACUGGGUUUUUCAAGCCCCCAAACAUUACGUAAUUAAGCUUUCCUUUCAGAGCCUGGAAAUAGAGGAGAGUGGAGACUGCACUUCCGACUAUGUGGCGGUGCACGGGGAUGUGGAGAGGAAGAAGGAGCUAGCCCGGCUGUGCGGCUUUAUCGCCCCUGCCCCGGUGCUGAGCGCCUCAGGUGUGAUGUUCAUCAGCUUCCGGUCAGAUGAAAAUGUGACCUUUAGAGGCUUUCAGGCUGCAGUCGCCUUCAUUCCUGAAACAGCUGUGUUAUGCUCACACCCAGAUUUAAACAUCUCCACCUCGGAGGAGACCGUGUUUCUGGAGACAUGGAAUGUCCUGCCUGAAGGAUCCAGUGAUUCCGCCCACGCUGUGAACUCACAAUCGCUACCUUCUGGAGGCUCUACCCAGCCCCUGCCACAACAGAUGCUGUUUGGGAAGAGUUGA